AUGGCAGCUGAACUUAGCCUUCUGUCCCUGAACCAGCUCCAAAAGCUAGCCCAGCAGCAGCAACAGUUUAAUCCUAGGAACUGGCCAGGUCUCCGACUUGGCGAAGCUGAUGAUUCUUGGGAGGUCCGGGCAUUUGCGGGGGAAACAAGCGGUCCCACGGGCACGACAUGGCCGCCGCGCUCGUAUACAUGCGCGUUCUGCCGUCGUGAGUUCCGGUCGGCCCAAGCCUUGGGUGGUCACAUGAACGUUCACCGACGCGAUCGAGCUAGGCUCCGGCAGUCCCCUCAAGGAUCCGACCCAUCCCCUCCUACAACUCCAUCUCCUCCCAUUACCUUCCCGCCACCAGUACCAGAAUUCGUCGCCAGCGGCCGCUGCUGCCUUCUCUACCCUAUCCGGGACACUGGCACAGUCUUUGCACCGACUAGCGAUUCACCCUCCACUCUCCUAUUUAUUACUCCAUAUCCCGGGACUGGACUGAUCUCGCCUUGUCCACCAACGCUUGACGGCGGUGUUAACAAAGAUGGUGGAAAAGAUGGAGAUGCCGUUGAUGAGGAGCUGGAUUUAGAGCUUCGACUUGGGUGGUGAUUAAUUUGGAGGUUGAAUGGAAAGGCAUGCUGUAAUAUUUGUGAUUUAUGCAUGUGUUGAUUUAUAUAUGCUCAUGUAAUUCCUCCAAAGUGGAGUCAUCGAGUGGUGUAAGAUAUUAAUCUGUUCCUGUGAAAUGAUUGAGCCAAAUAUUAGUUUCUAUCAUCUAACGAUGUCAUAUAUGGAGGUGCAGUCGCAUGAGUAAGGAAUUGAAUGAAGACGUAGCUGUUGUUCUGGACGUAGAAGCCAUGGAUAUAAAGAAAAUGGAGGAGGAUGAUAUGUCGUUUUUUAUGUGACAUUUAUUCGUACGCACAUUUUCUGAUCGUAGUUGUAUCCUUUGCGCGAAAGAGAGAUUCACCUUCCUUCGCUUCCAUCUGCCGUUGGAUCACCCACCACACAGAGCUCGAAGCACUUCGAACUCCGUCAUUCAUCCGCCUGCACAGCUCUCAAAGCGAUUAGUGGAUGUUCCAACAGUGGAUGGGUGCGA